AUGGCCGGCAAUGUUCACAAAGGCGAUAGGCUGGGGACCAUGAGGCUGAGGCAUGAACACACAAAUGAAAUCAUUAAGAUCCCGACUCCCUCGAACGAUCCACAGGAUCCCUUGAAUUGGCCUCAAUGGUACAAAUACUUUGUCGCCGGUAUAUCGUCAUGGGCCAUCUUGAUGUCGACUUUCUGUGCCUCUGGUCCGGCUGUGAUCUUGCCCAAUAUGGCCAUCACUUUUUUUGGACCGCCGGGGCCCCACUUUGCCGCGGCUAUCUCGAAGGCAUCUUAUUUCAUCACCGUUUGUGCGUUAAUGAUGGGUGUUAGCAACCUUGUAUGGGUCCCUCUGAUGAUCAAAUUUGGCCGUCGGUGGGUGUACAUCUUGGCCUACGCCCUCUACUGCGGGACAGCCGCCUGGUGUGCGACUGCGGAAUCGUAUAGUAGUCUCCUCGCUGCCCGGGCUAUUUUGGGCUGUGCGGCGGGAGCUGGAGAGGUCCUAGGGCCUCUCACGAUUGCGGAUAUCUUUUUUGUGCAUGAACGUGGUGCAAUGAUGGUAAUCUACACAUGUAUGCUGAGUGCUGGGACCAGUUUAGGUGCCCUCGUGGCUGGGUUUAUCACAGUGAACCACUCGUGGCGGACAUUCUUCUGGUUGAGUUGCGCCUUGACGGGUGCUACAUGCGUGAUGAUCUUUUUCUUUUUCCCAGAAACUACAUAUCAAAGGUCGUCCUUGAACCCACCGCCAGAUGUCGUUGGACCAGGUCCGGAAAAGACCAGCAGUGAAGAAGCCGAAUAUGCAGACGACGAAACAUCUCAGGCAUCCAUAGUGGUUGGGAGUCGCCCCAGCUUCAGCAAGAUCCUAGCGACCUGGCCAACCAAAUCAUUCACCUCGGAGCCCCUCUGGAAGCUUUCUUUACGGCCGAUCGUCCUUAUUGUCCUACCCUCCGCACUGUGGGCUUCUCUGGUCAUGUCUGUGAGUAUAGGCUUUUUGAUAGCCAUGGCGAGCAAUAUUUCCACCGCUUUUUCGUCGACAUACCACUUCACAACCUGGCAAAUUGGUCUUUCUAUGAUAGCAGGCCUUGUCGGCUCCGUUGUUGCGAUCUGGUUCGGAGGUCCUCUCUCCGACAUCAUUGCUGACCACUUGACCCGGCUAAAUGGGGGUCUCCGGGAGCCGGAGAUGCGUCUACCUGCGAUGGCGAUCAGCCUUGUGACUGGCCCACUUGCAUUGGUACUUUACGGUGUCGGAAUUGGGAACGAAUUGCAUUGGAUUUGUCCUAUCAUAGGAUUUGCUCUAACUGGCGAAGUUACGAUGACGCAAUACACCUUCAAAUGUAACGUUAAGUCCCUGAUGAUGGUGUUUACCAGUUCUCUUUUUGGCUUUCUACUCAGUUUCUACACGAACGUGUGGAUUCAAGAACAAGGAUAUCAACAGGCGUUCGGGGAAAUGGCUAUCAUUUCCGGGGUCAUUUUCCUUGGUUUGUUCAUCUUCUAUUUUUUCGGAGGAUUUCUGCGACGUUGGUCAUGGGAAUGGUCGAUCAUGAAGCUUGUUCACUGGGAAGGCGACCGUGAGGUAGGAGAAUAA